CGACUGUCUAAAUAUAUACAUUUUCGUAUGUAUAUAAAGACCAAUUUUAUUAUUUCUUGUGGACCCUACUUUCUUUUUUCUUCUACUUCUUCUUUGUUUGAUCUAAAUGAAUUCUUCUCAUCUGUCUAACUGUAAGAUUAAAUUGUACUUCAGCCUUGACAUUAAUCAUAUUCAUUAGUGCCGUCUGUUCGCCUUGCUUCAGGCAUUGAAAUGCAACAAAGAUGGCCAGCAUAUACUCAACAACAACAGCAGCAACAAAAGAACAAUGAAGUUCCACACCUUUUAGAGAUAUCUCCUGCCAGGGGCUCAGAGGGCACUGUCGUCACAAUUGUUGUAGAGUCUUUACCUCACCAAGUCGCUCCUGUCAAACUAGCUUUUAAUAGCCUGGUUGUUAGCACCAAACAGAUGCAAGCUCAAGGCAUCACUUCUCUUAUCGCCACAGUUCCACCCUUUCAACACACUCGCUCGACAAGUGCUCAUGUGCCUGUUUCUAUCUGCAUAUUUGAGGGCGACGCUGCCUCGGCUACUUGGCCUAUAGCUGAUUUUUUUUAUGAAGAUGUUGAUAUGACUCGCACACCCAACUCUUCUUCUGCCUCUCUUCACACUUCAUUAGAUUAUCCAGAAAAGCGCAACGGAUACACCGAUCCUAACUAUCAAAACAAGACAGACGACUUCCUUAGUACUUCUUCCUCUAACUCAAACUACGGUCAAUUUUAUCAGCAACCUAUCAACAACAAUUAUGGUGGUCAAUGUAAUAGUUAUCCAUACAGCAGAGAAAGCUAUGGCAUCAACAAAUUCAGUACAUAUCGGCCCAAUAGUCAAGAUCGUACAAAUAGCGAUUCAUCUAUCAAUUAUAACACGAAUUCUGUUCAAUUCUUCAAUGGUGCUGAUUAUAACAUGUUGAACAACUUUAAUCAACCUGAAAGUCAAGGUUCUCUUGGAUUAAUGCAAAACCAACACCAUAGCUCCCAUUAUGGUUACGCCAAGUCUACUGUUCAUAUUCCUGCUACUUCUGUGGCUAACUACCAGCCCUAUCCCGGUCUUAUCAGUAGAGUUAAUUUGAAGAUUAUUGGUGACUUGGAAGCCAUGGCCAAGAGCUGGUCACCUGUGGAAUGGGAAAAUCGUCGUCGCCUGGUCCAAUUUUGGCGUGAGCAAAACGGCAAUGAAAUCCGCUGUACUUUUGACUCUCUUCCUCAAAGUGAACGUACCACCAACAACAGUUGUCAAAUCGUUGUUUCCUGUAUCUACUGGGCCGAACGCAAUGAUUGCUUUAUUACUUCUGUAGACUGUAUUCAUUUAUUGGAAAGCUUGAUGGACAUUCGUUUCAGUGUAGAAGAAAAGAACCGUGUUCGUCGUAACUUGGAAGGAUUCCGUCCUUUGACUGUCAGCAAAUGUAAAGCUGAUUCUGCUGAAUUCUUCAAGCUUAUCAUGGGUUUCCCUAAUCCCAAGCCAAGAAACAUUGAAAAAGAUGUCAAGGUGUUCCCUUGGAAAACACUUCCUUAUGCCCUCAAGAAGAUCAUCACCAAAUACACUGCUUCUUCUUAUGCUAACCAUCAGCAUCGCCGUAGUCAAGUGAAGAGUGUCAAUACGCAAUACAAAACGAGUCCAGUCAUGAGCGAAUUCUAUCCACAAACCAACAUAUACUCACCUCCUUAUUCUCAAGAGAAUCAUAGUAUUUCCAUGUAUCCACCUACCACGACUAGUUCUCCCGCAUUUUCAUCCACUUAUAUUCAGUCAUCACAGCAAAUGACUUCAUCUCCUAUGAUGGAAAGACAUAGCCAUUCUCCUUCUCCUCCUCGUUUACAAUAUCCUUCUUACCAAGAUUUAAUGACAUCUGGACCAUUGACUGUUAAAACAACUCCAUAAGUUCUGUAGAUAACCUUGGUAUCUACGGCUUCUUUCUUUCUUUUUUUUGAUCUUUUGCUCUAUGUAUACAUUUUCUUUUCUUUACGCAUUUUACCCCCCCCCACUUUAUAUGACAUCAUGCAGAGAUUUACGUUUUUAUAUAUAUAUAUAUAUUUUACUCACACACACACAUAACAUGCUUUCUUUUUAAUUUUAUUUUUUCACACAGCCAUUUUUCAUUUGUAAAUAAAAUCAAUAGACGUUUUCUACACUAGUUUAAGACUAAUGUUGUGGGAGUUGGGGGUUUUCAAUUGGUAGAAAAUAACGCAAAAAGAAUCAUGCAAAAAAAAAAAAAAAAAAAAAAAAAAAAAAAAAA